AAAGUAAAGGAGGAAGAGGAGGGGGAAAACAAAAGCAAAGCAGCUCCUUUCCCAUUUCAGCCUCUCAUACCCUUCCAAUCUCUCUCAACCCGCUCUCUUCGGCAAACCCUCAGACGCAAGAUCAAAUCCUUUUUGCCUCUAAUUCCUUCCUCGAAUCAAUCGAUGAGCCGGAGCUUAUGAUCUCGAAUUUUUAAAGAGACUGGGGAUGGCUUGUAACGAGGAUACUAAUGCAUCUGCACAAGAGGAUGCUAAGAGUGAAUUGGAGUCUGGUCGGUUUCAGGUAGAUAGUUUAGAAGGUGAGCUUUUGGAUGUCAAGGCUUGCCUUGAGUUCGGUUCAGAGGAAGACGCCAGGAAGGAGUUAGGUGUUCUUUCCGGUAGGGUGAGAACGGCUGCGACAAUGUUGCGGUGCUUGAGAUCAAAAGCUACAGUCUUGGCCAUUCCUGAUUUAUCUCAUGGUGUGGAACAGAUGGGACUUAAAGACGGUGGUUUGUCUUCUUGUGAAGAUGCAUUGUCUGAGGCUUAUACUAGUGAGAUGCUCCAGUCCAUAGAGAUGGUUACCAACGUGCUUGAGUUUCUUGUUAAGAGGGUUUCAGCAGCAGAAUCAGAGACUGCUGUUCAAAAGGAGAUGGUGAUUUUGGGAGAGGAAGAGCUUAGUAAGAAGACAGUCCAAAUCGAGAAUCUGGCGGUGAAGUUACAGGAGAUGGAGCGGUUUGCUCACGGGACGAAUAGUGUUCUGAGCGAAAUGAGGGAAAGGAUUGAGGAAUUAGUUGAAGAGACGAUGGGACAGAGGGAGAAAGCUGUGGAGAAUGAAGAGGAGCUGUGUCGUGUGAAGAGAGAGUUCGAGUCGCUUAAAAGCUAUGUCAGUACUUUCACCAAUGUCAGAGAGACACUCCUUUCGUCUGAGAGACAGUUCAAAACCAUCGAAGAGCUCUUUGAACGGUUGGUGAGUAAAACGACACAACUAGAGGGGGAGAAGGCGCAGAAGGAGGUUGAAGUACAGAAACUGAUGGAAGAGAAUGUGAAGUUGACGGCACUUCUUGACAAGAAAGAAGCUCAGCUUCUAGCUUUGAAUGAACAAUGCAAAGUUAUGGCUUUAAGUGCAUCCAACAUCUGAACAUUUAUUUGCUUUUGUCUUCGCCUCAUCUCUCUUGUUAUUAAUUUUUUUUUGAGACAAAGACAAUGCUUUCGCAGAAGAGAAGAUCUUCCAGAUUGUUGCAAAGCUGCGCUUACUCUAUUGUUCUUUUGUUUCAGAUAAAAGAAACAUUCUUGUAACUU